AUGUGCAAAGUGCCUGUGGAACUGCCGAAUCAGCACUUUAUGGACCUUUGGAUCGAGAAUGCUCAAAUUGGAUACCCUACAACUGAGAAUCAGAUCAAAGGAGAGCAAAAAUUGCUGCCUAGCGAAUGCCGCCAACGUGGUGUGUCGUACACCGCACCUCUCGUCGUGACACUUGCUCGUUCUUUCGGUGGCUCACAAAAUGUCGAGCGUCUUCAACGCGUGGUGGGUGAAAUUCCCGUCAUGAUACGCUCUAAACGUUGCCAUCUCCAUGGCAUGACACCCAUAGAGCUUGUCAAAGCGCGUGAAGAGGCCAACGAAAUGGGUGGAUACUUCAUUUGCAACGGUAACGAGCGUUGCGUCCGACUGUUGCAGAUGCCGCGCCGCCACCACAUUAUGGCAGUGCGCCGUGGUGCCUUUGCGAAUCGUGGCGAUUUGUAUUCGGAACAGGCUGUAUUCAUGAAAUGUGUUAAACGUGACCAAUCUGCCGUGACCGUCACUCUGCACUAUUUGCUUGAUGGUAACGCUACAGUGCGCUUUGGUGUUAAGAAGCAAGAGUUUAUGAUACCUGUGGGUCUUGUACUUAAGGCAUUGUAUCCAUUGACCGACCGCGAGAUUUACGAACGUGUUUUGCGUGGUGACCAUGAAAAUACGUAUCUUUCCGCUCGCGUGGAGCUCAUUCUACGUGAAGCAAAAAAGUUUUCACUGUACUCACGUGAUGAAGUCUUGGCAUAUCUUGGCAAGCAUUUUCGGUUUGCCAUGCCAUAUGUGUACGACAACAUGAACAACAUGGAAGUUGGUAAUAAGCUGUUGGACGAGUUUCUAUUCGUGCACAUUCCAAAGGGUGAAAAAGGCCGCACUCAAAAAGUAGAACUGCUGUGUUUGAUGUUGCGAAAAUUGUAUGCGUUUGCAAAAGGAGAUGUACCCGAAGACAAUGCGGACUCCGUUAUGAACCACGAGCUGCUAUUGCCUGGGCAUUUGUACCUCAUGAUUUUGAAAGAAAAGCUGCAAGAAUCGCUUGCUGCUAUGCGCGCCAACAUUUUAAAAGAGACACAAAAUAAGAAGAAGGCAGUGGUAAUGGACCAAGCGUUUCUUCGCAAGAUGUGGGAUCGGACCCCAAAUAUUGGUAAUGCCAUGACGUAUUUUUUGAAUACUGGUAAUCUACGCUCUUCGAGUGGUCUUGAUUUGCUUCAAAUUGCGGGAUAUACUAUUGUAGCUGAAAAGCUUAACUACUAUCGCUACUUUUCGCACUUCCGUUCCGUUCAUCGUGGUCAAUUUUUCACCGAAAUGAAAACAACAGCUGUGCGUAAAUUGUUGCCAGACUCGUGGGGUUUCUUGUGUCCCGUACACACUCCUGAUGGAUCACCUUGUGGUCUGCUGAACCACUUGGCUGUCGAGUGUCAAUUGGCAUGUUAUCCAGCAUUCAACGCGGAAGACUAUUUGCAACAAGAGUUGAAGAUUUGUCGUUUUUUGACAAGUUUGGGAAUGAUCCCGAACUCUGGGUACACUGACGGUGCUUUGAUCGUACCCUUUUCAUAUCUACCCGUCAUGAUGAAUGGAAAAGUACUAGGUGGAGCACCUGCCGACGUUUGCAAGCGAAUGGCAGGUAUCUUACGCAAAAUAAAGUCUGCCAAAAGCUCUGAAGAGCGUGACGAGAACGGUAUAGUCUCAAACUUGGAAGUAUGUUUGAUCCUGCCCGUGCGAGGUGGUCCCUUUCCAGGUCUGUACCUUUCAGCCGACGCUGCUCGGAUGUCUCGUCCAGUGAUGCAGCUAGAUACUAAACGUAUCGAAUAUAUUGGUCCAAUGGAGCAAGUGUUUAUGGAUAUUGCGUGUAUGAAACAAGACAUUCGUCCUGCGACGACUCACAUGGAAAUCAAACCUACCAAUAUGUUAUCGCUUGUGGCGUCGCUUACGCCCUUUUCUGAUUAUAACCAGUCGCCUCGUAACAUGUACCAAUGUCAAAUGGCCAAGCAGACAAUGGGCACACCGGCUCAUUCUAUUGCGCACCGAUCUGAUAAUAAAAUGUAUCGUAUCCAGUCACCUCAGGCACCAAUUGUGCAGAAUGAACGUCUUCGAGAAUACCAACUUGAUGAGUAUCCAUUGGGUACGAAUGCUGUUGUAGCGGUUAUUUCCUAUACUGGCUUUGAUAUGGAAGAUGCAAUGAUAUUGAACAAGUGUUCUUACGAACGUGGCUUUGCUCAUGCUUCCGUGUACAAACAGCUGACUGUGGACAUCAGUGCGAGUGGUAAACAAGGCAGUUCAACGUCCAAAAAAUACUUUUCCAACAUCAAAACAGAUGGCAGUGGCGACUUUUGCUCCACCAAGUUGGAUCGCGAUGGGUUUCCACAUAUCGGUCAAGUCGUCAACCAAGGUGAUCCCAUCGCAAGCUGGAUUGAUGAAACAACUGGAUCACCUUCAUUCCAGAAACACAAGGAGACGGAACCCGCAAUAAUAGAACAGGUCAAUAUGAUUGGAAAUUCGUCUCAAGCGUCAGAAUUCACAAAAGCAAGUAUCAAGUUGCGCUUUUGCCGAAACCCGACCAUUGGUGACAAGUUUUCAUCCCGUCACGGGCAAAAAGGUGUGUUGAGUAUUUUAUGGCCGCAAGGUGAUAUGCCUUUUUCCGAGUCGGGUAUUUCACCGGACAUUAUCAUCAAUCCGCAUGCCUUUCCAUCGCGUAUGACGAUCGGAAUGCUGAUUGAGUCCAUGGCAGCCAAAACGGGGGCACUAAAAGGCAAAUACAUGGAUGCAACGCCGUUUCAGUUCAGCGAAAAAGAUCGUGUGAUUGAUUAUUUCGGCGCACAAUUGAAAGAACAUGGGUACAAUUAUAUGGGCAGUGAGCCGUUAUACUCAGGGAUCAGUGGCACACUAAUGCAUGCGGACAUUUACAUUGGUGUCGUAUACUACCAGCGUCUGCGCCACAUGGUAAGUGACAAGAGUCAAGUGCGUGCGACGGGCCCCAUGAAUUCACUGACUCGUCAGCCAGUAAAAGGCCGAAAGAAAGGAGGAGGUAUUCGUCUUGGAGAAAUGGAGCGCGACUCGCUACUUGCCCACGGUUGUGCCUUUUUGUUGCAAGAUCGCUUGAUGAAUUGCUCCGAUAGGCACAUUGCAACUGUGUGCACGAAUUGCGGCAGUUUAUUAUCGACUGCCACACAACGCUCUACUGUUGAGACCGCAGGUCAAGGUGAAAUUGCCGUUGCGAUGAAAUCCAAGACUCAGUGGUAUUGUACCGUUUGCCAAACAGGCGAGAGUUGUAAGCCGGUUGCCAUGCCGUACGUCUUCCGGUACCUGGCAAAUGAAUUGGCCGCAAUGAAUAUCAAGAUUUCGCUGACACUUAAAGGAUGUUGA